CUAACAGAGAAAAUCAUAGGGGUGUGGCUUUUGAAUGUUUCCUGAAACAUUAACAAAAUUCUAUUGUAAUGAUCAUUGAACAACUAGACGGAGCUACUCGAAGGAACAUGUACACUUGGUGAGGCAGAUCUAUCCUAGCCGUUGGAUAAAGAGGAAAGAAACAGGAUGACGUUCACAUACAAAUUUAUAGAAGGACUUCUUGAGAGGGGCUUUGGCUUUCCUGAACAGAAUGGAUCAUGUUGAUUAAGAAUGAAACGGAAGAUCAUUUAUUUCAUCCUGAUCGCUUGCUUAAUUCUAGUGAUCUACCAUCUUUCACAUGGUGGAAGCCUUCAUGUCAUCCCCACACCAAGGUGGCGCGAGUCUGCAGUGCAGCACAUCAUGCCAUUACAUUUGAGCUCAAAUCGUUCAUCAUGUGACUGUGAAGAUGAGUCGGUUCUUUCUCAAAAUGUACCAUCAGAUCAACUAGAUGACAUCAUUAAACUCAGAAAAAAGGAGUACAAGGAUUAUCUUCUCAGAAUGAAGACAAAUGUUAGCAUUAUUGUGGCACCGGCCAACUCUCCUCUCCAGUAUCCUAUCAGUGGUUUCACUGUAGCUCCUCAACAGAGAAGUGAUAUACCAGGUCUUGCUCUCCAUACACAAAAGGGGAAAUGGUACAAGGUUACAUUGAGAGUGGAUAGUGGGGUGCUAGCAGUAAAAGAUGCUCCAGAUGAGAAACAGGUGAAUGGACAAAAUAAAAGUGAAUUGACUAUUACAUCCGCCAACCUCCCACAACUCAAUAACCUGUUGAGCAGAGUCACCUACACCAGCACCAUUUACCACAUCAGAACAUCAGAUCUGGUUCGUUUUAGUUAUGAAAACCACAAGGUCACAUUUCCCAUCCUAAUUAGACGGCAUACAGUUCCUGUGCUCUACAACCCCGGAAACGAUAUAAACUCUCUGGUUACCAUAGCAACAAAGACAUUUCUGAGAUAUAAGCAGUUACACGUCCUCCUCAAGAGUAUUCGAAGAGUUUACCCCAAAAUCAAGAUAAUAAUUGCAGAUGACAGCCUGAAGCCGGAAAGUAUAUCUGGUGACAACAUAGAGCAAUACAUCAUGCCACCUGCACAGGGCUGGUUUGCCGGAAGAAAUCUGGCUGUAUCACAAGUCGCAACCAAAUAUUUUCUUUGGGUAGACGAUGAUUUUGAAUUCCUAGACGAGAACCGCAUUGAGAGUUUUGUAGAGAUUAUGGAAGAAUUUCCAGAACUGGAUGUGGUUGGUGGAGUGGUCGGAGGUGACCAGUUUCAUUACACUCUUGAAUAUGUCGAGGGGGAUGAUGGUGGCUGUUUGAAGCGUUUUGAAGGAAGACACCAUAGUCCCCUACCAGGACAUGAUGGCUGUUUUUUUGUUGAUGUGGUGGUUAACUUUUUUUUGGCACGGACUGAUGCAGUGAGAAGAGUUGGCUUUGACCCCUUCCUAAAAAGAGUCGCACACACUGUCCCACUCAAAACAAAUUUCAAGCAUUGCAACAUGUACAUUCUUCUCAUCUCGUCAUCAUUUCUUUUAUUCUGCAUCCAUACCUUCAUCCCCUGUUCAUCUUCAGAGUUCUUCAUUGAUGGUAUUGGGAAGUUAAUGGUGGUCUCCUGCAAACAUCUCUCUAUUGGACACCAGACACAUGAGGAACAAAAGGAAUAUGACUCUUAUAGGAAUCAGAGGAUAGAGGAAGAAAAAAUAAAACUUGCACAUCAUUACUUUAAGAAUUAUUUAAAGUGUAUGAAAUAUUGAAAGACAUUUGUCUUAUUAUUUGUUUGAUUUUCAUUCACAAUCUGUGUUUUCACAUUUAAAUUGUCCAAGGGCCUGCCAGAUUCUCAUUGUACUUUAAUUUAAUUUAAUUCAAUUUUUUUAUAUAGUGCUUUUCACAAUUUUCAUUGUUGCAAAGCAGGUUUAUACUGAUCAUAAUCAGUAAAUAACAUAUCUGAACAGUUUAAAUGUUAUAUGUCAACACAUUA